AUGGUAUUGCUUCCUCGUGUUGGUAGAGAAUUCCAGGCUCAAAUUCCAGACCUUAUAACAGGACCUGAGUACAGUAGCUAUCUGAAAAGGCCGGUUGACACAGAAAACGAAGAUCAUGUGCCCUUCGAUUUUUUUGUGGGAUUACCAGUACCAGUCACAUUGAUCAGAGAUAUCAGCAUUGUCUCAGAGAAAAAGAAAGAUGAAAGGCUGGGCUUUUCUGCGCAAUCAACUGACUCGCUUUCAACAGAUCCAUGUUACGUUUUGGUUCCUGGGGUCUGCCGUGAUUUAUGGAAUGAUACAGAAGAGGCAAGCUUUCUCCAUGGCUUGUACCUCUUUAAGAAGAAGUUUGUUGAGCUGAAGGAAUUUGUUGGAAGCAGAAAAAGGAAGCGUGCAUAUGGCACAUGGUUAUUCAAAGGUUUCAGGCAUCAGGAACUAUUAUCUCGUCUGAGUCCUCAGGUCUCCGAGGAAAGGCAGAAACUGCUGAGGGAGGUGACUGAAAAAUAUGCAGAGAAGGACAUUUGCAUGGUCCGUAGGCCUGUGCGGAUACCUGUUGGUGAAGCAUGUUCCAAUCUUGAACUUGCUGAGAUUGUGAAGAUUCUCACUGGACGUUGUCGUUUAACCAAAGUUCAGUCUAGUGAUUUGUUUUGGGAAGCCGUCUGGCCCUGUUUGCUGGCAAGAGGAUGGCACUCAGAACAGCCAAAAAACAAAGCUUCUCUGGUCUUUCUUCCUCCUUGUGUUGAGAAGUUUUCAAGAAAACUAGUUAAAGGAAACCAUUAUUUUGAAUCUCUUAAAGAUGUCUUGAGUAAAGUUGGUUCUGAACCAGAGCUUCUUCAGCUUGACACUUAUAAUGAUGAAGGGGAGAAGAAAGAAGAGAAGGGGUUGAUUGAGGAGACCAAGGAGCAGCAAAAUUUUCCUAAGAAGCAUUGUUUUUCUUUGCAGCCUCAAUCUCAAAUUUGUGAUAUGGAUAAUGUAACUCAUACAAGCCUCGAUAAUGGAAAAUCUGUCAAAUUCAAAAAAUUGAAAACUUUGCCAUCAGAAAUGAUAAUUGUUUCCCAACACAGUGAGGAGGAUACUUCUUUUGUCUCAACUAUUAAAUCCAAUUGCAUCCAAAACGUGUCGGUGGAUCAGCAAACAAGUAGUUCAAACCAACUUGUUCGGAUUGAUGGUCCGGAAAUCAUAAAGAAAGCAGAAAAGCAAAAGAAGUUGUACGGCGACAAGCAGGCACCAGAACUGGUAGAUAUUCAGUUGAGCCAAAAGCUGAAGAGGGAUAAUCUUGAUAAUUUACUUUCAGUCAGGGGAAGUCACAGGACUACAACUGCUUGUACUAAUGAGGAGAUAGGUUCCGACAGGAGCACAUUCCCAUUGGUUCCGAGAUUUGGAAACACUUGUGGGAGCACUACUAGAGCUUCUCAAGAUGAUGAUUCUUUUGAUCAAGAAAAUUCUCAAUCUGGCAUGUUCAUGACAAAUUUAUCAAACGUGCAAGAUGAUAUUACGAGCACCAGGAAUAAACUACCAACUGCAAGAGCUCUUGAAGCCCUGGUAGAUGGAGAUUUAACAGUGAAGAGAAGGCGGAAGUAG